CGUAUCGCGACGCGCAGUGGCUCCUCCCCCUGCUGGUGUGCGGUGAGUACGGGAAGUUCCGCCCUGUUGUGAACUGGGACAGCAAGCGCACCUCUAUCAGUGUAUGUGUGGCAACAACAUGUCUGUACCGCUGCUCGCCGAGGCUGUGACGGUGUCUGGAACCGAGAGGGAGACCGCGGCGGUCAUCUUCCUUCAUGGGUUAGGAGACACGGGACACGGGUGGGCCGACACGCUGAUGGGGAUCCAGCUGCCUCAUGUCAAGUUUAUCUGUCCUCAUGCGCCUAAAAUCCCCGUCACUCUCAACAUGAGGGCCACGAUGCCCGCGUGGUUUGAUCUCAUGGGUCUCAGCCCGGACUCUCCAGAGGACGAAUCUGGAAUAAAGAAGGCAGCAGAAAACAUCAGAGCCAUCAUCGAACACGAGGUCAGAAACGGGAUUCCCCCAGAGCGUAUAAUCCUCGGUGGAUUCUCUCAGGGUGGAGCCUUGUCCUUGUACACCGCCCUGACCUGCCAGCACCAGCUGGCUGGUGUCGUCGCCCUCAGCUGUUGGCUUCCUCUUCACAGGAGCUUCCCCUCGGCGUCGAGCGGCAACAAGAACCUCCCCAUCCUGCAGUGCCACGGGGAGGUGGACGUCAUGAUCCCGGUGCAGUUUGGCGCUUUGACGGCAGAAAAACUCAAAUACAUCGUAAACCCUCAGAUGAUCACCUUCAGAACCUACCCAGGGCUCUCGCACAGCUCCUGCCCUCAGGAGAUGGCGGCCGUAAAGGAAUUUAUCGAGAAGCAUUUGCCCCGGAUCUGACCCCACCUCAUUCCCUCUCCGAGACACUGACCUCUGACCCCCGAUCUGCUAUUGUCCUGCAAGAAAUGGCCUUGAGCAUCCCCCUCCUCCACACACACACACACACACACACACAUACCGCUCAGCAGAACCUCUCGAUCGGCCCAAUCUGGUCCUCUGAGGGAGAAACGGUGAUUCCCACCACACAUUCCCCGUUUAAAGCUGAAUCCUCUGUUGGUUCGUCUGUUUUUACCUCGUCGUGUUUCUGCUGCUGAUCGCCGCCCCGCCGCCGCGCCUCCCUCUCAUCUGUUUAAGUUACUGGAGAGCCGGCAGAGAGCCGGAGUCAGAACCCCAUCCCAGCUGCAGUCAGAGCCGCCUCCUUCACCAAAAGCACCAGAACCAGCGCCAUCUCUGGUUACUCUGGAAGCGAGUGGAUGUAGUGUGGCGUUGCUCUCGUUUGUCACGGCUGCAGGAUAACGAGGACUUCCAGAUGCUUCACCCACGAUCACGCCACGUUCUUAUCUCACCUGUUAGCCUCGCGCAGCCGCAGAUCGUAGCGCUGAUCUCCUCCUCGGGUCGUUUAUUCAGACUUUCCUUCUAGAUUUCAGACGUUUAAAGAGCUAGACUUGGGUCUGACUGCAGCUGACCUGCGGUGCUGGAGUCCGGUCUGACUCGGUAAACUGGGAGAGCUGGUUUUCCAUUCCUCUCCCUGCAGCCCGUCUGGCUCUAACAGAGGCCCUUUAACUGAAACACAAGCCCACUGCUUCAUUUUAAAUUUAUUUUCAUCAUUUCUAUGAACAAAAUCGAAUAACUGAUUCAUAUUUUUGCUUGUAUUUGGUUUUUAGCGCUGUAUUUUGGGUGUUGAAGUUGUGUGCAGACCCUGCUUGUUCCCUCUUCCCCCCAUCAGCUCCCCACCACCGCCGCGCAGUUUGAGGUUCAGGAUUUUAAUUCCAGAUAAAAUCCAGACCGCUUUCAGCUUCUGUAAUGAGCUACCGGACCCCACAGGUCAGAUUUACAGUUAAACUUCAUGAAAAUUAGACGAGACGCGUCCAGCCGGAAGGUGAAACAGAUUAAAGCGUUCAUCUUGAACAACUUGUGGCUCCUGCAGAGUGAAACUCUGGUCUUUAAUAUUUAAACUGUAGGUUUUCCUUAGAAUCUUUCCCUCUCGUGGUUCUUCUGCUUCUGCCAGCUGAUUUCAAGGCUAAAAUGUUUUGGAAGAGGAGGAAAGACGUCUGUUUGACUGUUCACUAACUGAUGAAUGUUCCCCUCGUCUCCUUUUAUCUUUUCCUGUUUCUGAUCAUUUUUAAGUUGUUUUUGUACGUUUCGUGUUUUCAUCUCACCCUGUUUUUGUCCAUUUAUCAUGAGCGUUAGGAAGAUGUGUUGAGGUGAGGCUGACGGUCUCUCCACUUACACCUGUCUGCUAAUAAAGGACCAAAAAAGAGAAAAA